AUGACACCUGGAAAGGAGACUAGGUCAGAACAUGUUUCCGGAGCGGGGGACCUGGGUCAACGAUCGCCGUCGACAAGCGAAUUCGACAGCGAGUUCGGUUCCAGGUCAGAAGAGAAGACUGGAGAGUUCAUUUGGAGCGUACCGGCAGCGAAGAAGGGGGUCAUGGGCUUGCCUGUGAAACAGUGUGUUAGUGGCCAGUUCUAG